AUGGCCUCUUACGCGACUUCCAUCGAGACGGGCAUCCCGCCCGUCAUCCAUAAACCUGUCCUUACCGUCCCUGGAGCCAAUCCGGAGUCUAAAGUGCUCCUGGAGAGUCUGCUCGAGAAGGACAGACAGGUGCAUCACUGCUUUUGGGGUCGUGUAGGGUUCCACAACCACCUCAGUCACCACCUUCUAGCAGCCUAUGACCUAGGUGCACCGCCUGCGCUACUUCAAGCAAUAUAUGAUACUGAGAUAGUGGGGCUAUCACCGGUGUUCAGUAAGGGAAGGAAGGACGCACCCAUCAAACGGCAGGACGUCAAAUUUGACCGAGGUAAUUGGAAGCAGUACGUCGGACAGGAAAAAUUCUACGCCAACUUCGUCGAGUUCUUCGCAGACGAGAUCAAACAGACUGGUGCGGCCGCUACUCUCGAACACUACAUCUUCUCGGAAGAGACAAACAGCGACCGGGGACUUAUGAUUGAACGGUUUGUCGGUGGAGCGCUUCAUCCGAUGAUUCAGAUGGGGUACGCCAUAGCGUUUCAGAGCAAUGCUAUGGUCGCACAAGCUCUUGCCCAAUGUGCUGUCCACGAUGCCUUCGAACCAUCCCUUUUCCCUUGGAACCCCGCCCCUUCUAUCGCUCAUGCUAACCCUAACGUUUCCUCCCCUGAACCUCGCCUACCGUCGUCGGGUCAUUCACUCUUAUCCAUCCUUCGCGAAAUCUACGCCUCGGAUAUCCUUACGCCAGUCCUCCCUUACGACCCAGAUGCGCUGUUGAGCCAGAGAAGGAAAGAUGCGUUGACACCGAGGAGAAUAAAUGAGAUCAGGAGGAUAUGUGGAAUGUGGCAUCCCGCCCUGGCCCCAGAGGCGUUCUCUCACUCUUCUGAUUCCUCUGCGGCACUCUCGGAAAUCGAGUCGAAAGACAUGCUCGAACAGCUCGCGUUCUUUGCUACACUCCUCUUCGCCGGCACGUCUAAACCAAACCGUAAACCCCGCCUCGACUUCUUCCUCAUGCACGUCCUCACGUCCUCCCUCUUCGUCGAACCAUUGAUGGGGGUGCUGAAAGAAGGAAGAAGUCGGAGGAUGUUGCUUGCUGCGUAUUUGCCGGUGGCAGUGGCGUAUAUGCUUAUGAGGGGAAGGCCGAGGGUGGGAUGUGAGGUGAUCAUGGGAUAUGAGGCUACGCCGGCGGGAGUCCAAGAAGGAGCGAAGUUGCCCGGAGCUUUGGGCAACCCGAUGAAGCGAGAGUAUAUGAAUGCGUGGGCAGGAAUGCUCCCGCAUGUGUUGCCUGCCAAGGAUUCGCAUACCCUCAAGGCUUGGAGAUCUCUUUAUGUGUAUGCGCAGAGGUUCGGAAGUGUGCCUCCUGGUGGUGUUAUUGGCGCAUUCUGCACGAAAUUGGGCGGAGAGAGUCGGGCGGAAGUGGAUAAGGGGUUGGAGGAGACUCUGCCUGGCGCAUCGAAGUUGGAUGGGAGCGUAUUUGUGAGGGCGGCGGGUGUUUUGGUGGACACGAUGGGAUGGGUUGGACCGAAGGAUAUUGGUGGAGGAGACGAAGAAGGAUCAUGGGACAGGAGUGGAUUGGGAUGGGACGAGGCGUGGAAAGGAGAGGAAUAG